AUGGGGGGCUUACUCAUUUUUUGUAUUGUUGUCUGUAUAUUAUUUUUAUUUGUGUCUCGGAUUCUUCCUAUAAUAAUUUCUUGGCACUUCGAACAGAAAUAUGCAGUAUCCCUUAAAAUAGGAAGAAUAGGUCUACCUUACUUGAAACUUUGUGAUAUACACUUUUCCAAAAAUGGAUUUAGUAUUCAUGUAGACGAAGUUGGCAUCAAAAGCAGUUUUUUGAAUUCUGAACUGACGAAACUUGUCACCCUGGUGGUGAAAGAUGUUCGAAUUAACAAAGACCUGAGUACGAGCAAGAUUGUUGAGCAAUUCGAAAAUCCUUCCGAAUGUAACAAAGUCAUAGACUUCAGGGAAAAAAAGGUUCCAUAUUUCAUUACAAGCUUUGCACAAUUCAUGGCUGUGCAUGUUUACAACAUAUCUGCGAUGUUUCUGAGAGCAGAGACACCUGGUUAUCUGAUCCAUUCUACAGCAUCCGAGCUGCAUUUGGAUGGGAGUAUUCUGAAGAAUGCAAAAUCACUGUUAGCAACUAUUAAUUUGAUGGACGCUGAAACAAAAGUGUUGAGGCAUGCUGAAGGGCAGGUCAAAGAAACUAAAUUAGCUGAAUUCAGUUUUGGUAUAUCUAUGGAAACGAUACUUGUCGUUCAAGGUCCAUUAUCUAUUGAGAAACUUGACAUAACAAUGUCCCACACUAGUGCUGUUAUAAAUGGAGGCUUCUAUAAUUUAGCACAACGUUCAAAAAAUAUAGAAACGAACUAUGAAUCUAGAUCAAUAAUUAUUGACAAAGAAGAUGAUGACAUUCUCCUCAGAAUUGAGCCUAUAAUCCCCAAGAUCUGUUCUCUGCAUAUCGAUGAUACAUCGUUGACAGGAGUGAAAGAUAAUAGUCAAAUAGAAUACUACUCAUCUUUGACAGCAGUGGCUUUGAACUACAGAACAAUACAUGCUGAUGACAAGAGUGAUACAACAUUACUUUUCAAUUUCUUCAUAAAUAAUUUGAUACUGCAGAACAGUCGAGAAAAGUUGUUGGUAUUGAAGUAUUUCAAUGUAGAUGCCAAGAUGAGACAACUAGUACUGAAUAUAUUUCUCCAACAAAACUGUUUACUUGUUACCUACGACCACGUUCUGAUUCACAAAUGGGUGUGUACUAACUUUCCAAAGAAUCAAAAAGUAACACCACUUAAACUAGGAAUUCAUCGUCAGAAUGCAGAUAGCCGCAAUAAUUUGAAAUUGGUCAAGAUUGAGAAGUCUGCAUUGGAGAAAAUGAUGGAGAAAUGUUGUAUAAAUUUUUGUGCUGAAUUUAAUCAAGUGUCGGCUAUUAUCAGAUUGAAAGAUAGGAAUUCUUCAAUAGGAUUCAAGAAAAUUCGGUUAAUGUUGGACCAAUCACAAGAUACAAGAGAUUCCACAUUCAAAGCUUACCUACCAAAUCUUCUAUUGAGCAAUAGACACUGGACCGUAGAUUUCAUGGUCGAGUCAGUAUGGUGGUCCUUCAAAGAAUGGAGUCAAGACACCAAUGUUUCCAAGUUAAUGCAUAUUUGGGGCACCCCACUAUAUGUCGGUAUGGGAAUCGCCAAAUUCAGUUCUACGCAAGUUGAAGAACUGAGAUUUGAAUGUGUUCUCGAUGUGGUCCAGUUGGAGUGGUCGCUAGAAUUGGCCGAUUAUGUUUUGUUAGCGCUAAGAUGUUUCAAUCAGUAUGGAAAAAUCCAGUUGACAAGGCCAUCGCAAUCUAAGGAAUUAGAAAUAGACCGUCCUGGAAUACUGUCUAUACAUUUUGUUAUUUCUCACUUCAAUACAUUUUUGCAGUCACAAAAUGGAGAAUAUUUUGUAUCUCGUUUAAAUACGGUGAGCUUAGACAAAAAUCAAAAUACGACAGAUGUUAAAUUCGAAGAGUUCAAGACUUUCAGUUUGACCAAUACUGGAGAUUAUUAUACCUGUAUCCGAACUGAAGACAUUUCGAAUUAUAAGGCGUUCAUCAAGACAGCGCAUCUCGAGAUGACUGACAACAAGGAAAGAUUGAAUGACAUUUCUCUCACUCUGCUAGACACAAUCGUUAUGUACUGGUCGACUAAUUUACAUAUGAAAUAUCUGCUAUUGGCUAGAGACAUUGCUGAUUUUCUAGGGGGAGUGAAAAGUGAAUUGGGGAUCGAGAUCAAAGAGGUUGCCAAGAAGAAAGGUGUCAGGAAUUUGAAUGUAUAUGGGAAAUUUGAGUUCCAUAUCGAUAUUAGUCAAAACCAUAACGCAAAAAUAGUUUUAGAUGAAUUGAUUAUAACCAAAAAGACAGAAGAUAUCAAAGAACCUCCAGACAUUUCUCUAAAUACUUCUGUGAACAUCCAAAUAGAUGGCGAUGAUAUUUUUACCAUAAAAGGAAUAGAUUUACAGAGAAUAAAAUCACAUCCCUUUAUACAAGCAGAGAGAUUGGAUACAGAUAAUUUUGUAUUGCCUUUCAACAAAACUUGGGGUGUCUCUAUCGAUCUUUUCAAGGCUGUAUUUCCCUAUGAGCACAAUUUUGACGAAGCAAUCAAGAAUCAGCUCUUAUCUGUUAUCAAAUGGCUGAAGAUAGUCCAUAACUUGAAGAAAGACAGAACUCAAGAUGGGCCGUUGCCCAGUGAUGUACUGAUCAAUGUGAAAGAAUUUUUAUUUGAAAUGGGUGAUGAUCCGUUCGAGGUCAAACUAAGAGAUAACUUUGAACUACUAGAAGACGAAUACAAUGAGAGCUUGAAGAGGCAAAAAAUGCUUAAGGAAAAGAUUGGCGGUUUACUGAAAACACAUCUCCACAUGCCAGCUGGAAAAGUCGAAGAAUUGUAUGCCACACUGAAGAAAAGAAAUGCAGAAAUAUAUGUUCAAAGAUCUAAGCUGAUGUACAAGGCAGCACCACCUCGCACAAGACUGUUUGCUUGGAAUAUGACCAACGUUGAAAUACUGAUUUUGGCAGAUCCAAGUAUACAUGGCGCUGAAAACGUCAUAAGGACUAUGAGAGAAAUUGAUCAUCACACACCGUGGCCCGAAGAACCCAUGGAAUUCUCCACGUUGUGGUGUAGAGUCGUAUCUUUCAGGUGCGCGGAAUGGAAGUUCCAGCUGAGAGAUUUUCCACAGCCGCUGAUGAAAAUCAGGCAAUGUUACAUUUGCGGUCAAUUGGUUGGAGCUGAACAAGUGUCCCCCAAAAGAGCCAUCCGCACCGUGGAGGUUCAUCUUGGUGAACCGUUCGAGCCCUUCUUAGUGGAAAGAGGAAUGUUGCCGCUCAAAUAUUACCACGAUUUCAAUUGCGAAAUUGAAUCAUUCAGUUACGCUUUUGGACCUUGUUGGGAACCGGUAAUUGCCCAGUGCAAUUUAAAUUUCAACCAGAUCUCUGCUGCUUCGCGAGAUCCCUCCCCACCAUUGUCGUUGUGGGAUAAAAUGAGACUUCUGCUCCAUGGCAGACUCACCAUGGUAGUUCAGCAACUGUCAGUUCUUCUCCACGCAUCAUUGGAUCCAUAUAAUACCACAGAAGAAAUGGCACUUACCUGGGAAAAAGUUAUUAUGGACUGGACCAAUGCAAAGUUUGUCUAUAAAGGUGACCUGAACAUAUUUGUGAGAACAGCUUCGAAAUACGAUGAUGUCCAGCUGUUGAAAAUGCCAAAUGUGAAACUUGUACUCGGCAUUCAGUGGGUUUGUCUGGGCAAUCCGAACGACCAUCAUAGCGUUGUGCAAUGUGCUCCAGAUAAAGUUCCAGAAUAUUCUAGUAAUCAGGUGCACGAUUCGUUCAGGGCAUUCCGUUCACAAAACGUCAAUUUGAACAUAACCCUCGAAACACGCCCGGUGGCACAAGAGCCGAACAGCUGUCCCAUCCUGCUUCUCUACGGAAGCACUUUGCGCUGGAUCGAAAGUUUGAAUCUUAUCUUGUCUGGCGUGACGAGACCGACGAAGAGGGGACUCAUUUUCAACAAUUUGAGACCCAGAAAGACACAACUCAGCAAGCAUUAUAAAAGGGUUCAUUUAUUGAUUGGUCUGCACAAAUUCCAAGUUUGUUACUGGAUGUCUUUCUCGAUGCAAAGGGGUUGUGAACUUUUUGGUGGGAGAUUAUCUUCUAGUUCAGAACACACGCUGUCGCUUGUACCGAUCGACGACGGCCUCAAGCACCGUCCCAAGGCCUUAUGGUCGGUGGUGUACAUGAACUCGGAGCUGAGCGACUUCGAGAUGUGGCUGAAAAGCGCGCUGCAGGAGGAGCAGGAGGUGGAGGGGCCUUCGCUGAGGCAACCGGUCGAGAAGUGCUACUGCCUGUCCGUGGCCAAGGUGUCCUACGGACGGGAAACGGUGCUGCCGAGCCACGAGAGGGACAAAGAGGUGCCCACGCAUCGGCUGGUGGUGUACGACUUGAGGGGGGCGUGGACGAAGAGCAACAGGAAUGUGGCGUUCGCGCUCUUCGAUACGUUCAUGAAGACCACGAGACUGAAGAAGAAUUUAUCAACAGAGGCUUUGAAAGGAUUUCGUAAAGAUAACAAUUCAACGCCAUUGAAGAGAAGAAAUACUGACCCAGCUAGCACUACUCCAAAUGCUGCAAUCCAGACCAUUCAAGCAAAUGCGGUCCAAGACACACCUUCUCCAAUCAGCAAAAUUCAGUCGGGUCAUGCAGCUACCAUGCUCCAACAGUUGAUAGCCGAGGCAGAAAACAACUCUAUUGUAUAUAGUGAUGACCUCUCGGCCAUCUCCAGACAACAGCACCUACAAGGGGUCAAGGCUUGUCAGGAGGAUGACAUUUUACAUAAAAAUUGGCAGAUUGCUCUAGUGAAUGCUCAAGUAUUACUGAAAGGCUGUGAAACUAAGGGAUAUGUGAUAUUGAGUUCGGCAAAGGCAGAAAUAGUCCAAAGAAUACAUAAGCCAGCCUGGAAAGAUAGGACAUUGGUGACGAAAACUACUUGGGUUGGAACUUUGGAGUGCAUGCAGUAUUAUGCAACUGUGAAUGCUGGAGAAAAUGAUUCAUCAGAUGAAAAUAUUAUGUGGCUUACUGUCAACAACAUACAGGAGAAAGAAUGUGAAGAGAUUUCGGAGCCAUCAGAAGUUCCUAAUAUGGUAGGAAGUGGUGUAUCAGUUGGUGCAGUUGUUAGCGAUACUGUUGGACCCAGUGAUUCCAGACAGCUACAACGAAUCGUGUCACGGUGCAAAUGUGAAUUCUUCUACGCUGAUUAUGGUGACAUAAGUGUCGAUCCAGAAGGUAUUGCUGAAAUACCGCCACCGCCACAAGAAGAAGUGGGACCCUGGGAAAGCCGAGAGACCGCUGUGGAUGCUUUCACUCUUAUGCACCACGACCUCGAUGUCUGUACUAAUUCAUUACAAUAUGCCAUGUUACUCGACAUCGUAAACAACCUUCUACUCUACGUCGAACCUCAUAGGAAGGAAGCGCUCGAAAAACUAGCGCGCAUGCGAUUCAAGCUGCAACUGCAUAGCGUCAAAGAUCAAAGAAAACCCAUACAAUAUCAACAAACCCUCGUGCGGGGCACUCAGAACAAGUUGAGGAGGUUGGAGAAGGAAACGUAUUUAGUGAACAAAGCAUUAGAGGAAACUCCAGACGACAUUGAACUCAGACAGGAUUCUGAGAAGUUGGAAAGACUGAUGUUCGACUGUAAAAAUCAACUCAACGCUCAGAGCGAAGAGCUCGACAUGAUGCUCUCUUGCUAUAAGGAAACACAAUUGCUAGCGAACGCCCGACUAGCUACUACGAGAAGCGACAAACCUCUCACUAUAGUGAGAGCCAACGAGAUUUGUUUCAAGCAUGCCCAGUGGAGAUUAACGGAAGCAGACGGGCAAAUCGGAAUAGCAGAUUUGGUACUCAGCAACUUCCUGUAUACCAAAAAUUCGAAGAGUGACGAUUCAGUGGAGCAUCUACUUGAACUAGGUUAUUUGCGAAUGACGAAUCUAUUACCCAAUCAGAUAUACAAGGAAGUCAUAUGUCCUACUGAGAUACUCUUUGACAUGCCAAUAGAACACAAGAAAGUUCUGAGGAUAUUCUGUCGUGAAAAACCACCGGUCGGUGGCAUCUCGGUGAAGGAGAUUUUUGAAAUAAAUUUGGUACCACUCACCAUUGGUCUGACGAAAAAAUUCUACGGAACAAUGAUGAAAUUCUGUUUUCCCGAAAGAGAAAGCGAAAAUAUCGAAUAUAACGAUCGCGCUAGUGAAGAUGGCGAUUCAGAACAGAAGGGCAAGAAAAACAAAUCGAAACGCAACAGAGAUUCCAAUUUUUAUGUCCACAUUGAUGACGUUGAGAAAAUGAAGGAAAGAGCUGAACAGAAUAAAUUGUUUGUCUACAUCAAAAUACCUGAAGUUCCAGUUAAAGUUAGUUACAAAGGUAACAAAGAGAAGAAUCUUGAAGACCUGAGAGAAUACUCUCUGAUCAUACCAACUUUAGAAUAUCACAAUAUGACAUGGACUUGGCUAGAUUUGUUGAUGGCCAUCAGGAAUGAUAGUAAAAGAGUGAUACUGUCACAGGCCAUCAAACAAAAACUUAAAAUAAAGAGAAACACAGAUGCUUCAGAUGAAAGUUCUGCACCUCAAGAAGAAGAUAAGGCUAGGAUGUUAUUUGGCGCAAGACAUGCACCAGAAAAUAGGAGUAUUAGGAAAGGAGUAUCAGGAGUAUUUCGGUUAAAUAAAUGA